AUGUUCCCGAGUUCUGUAAGUCAUAGUCACAAUAAUCCUCAUUCUCCACAAUUGCAACCUCUGCUACGCCGUAAACGCCGACCCCUACUCGAAGCUUUUAGUGUACAGAUGAAUCCUGAGCAAAGCUCGGCUUCUGGAUCCUUGUAUGAGUACAAUCCGGCCAUGACGACUCAAACAACAGAAUACGAUAGGUCGGAACGCGUGAACAACAAUGGAGGAGGUGCACAUCGUGGUGGAAGGAAUUCGAUUGGUGAGGAGAGAGUCCAACCCUUCUCUUUUGCUUGUGAAUUGGCUCAUGGGAGUAAUCAAGUCCGUAUUUCGGGAUUUGCAAAUAUUCCAGAAUUGUAUCAGCGGAUUGCGGAGAGUUUUAGUAUUCCUUUAUCACAAAUUAUGUACUGCACCCUGGAUACUCCACAGGUAGACAUGACAAAGUUGCUUGGCAACCAAUUAUCAUUCAACCACAUCAUUUAUGCUCACACUCGAGGUCAAACAAAGGAGGUGCGAUUCUUGAAGUCGGCCGAGGCUCUAGGAUUAACCAUUUCAGACAACAAAGCCGGAGGUGUCUUUAUCAAGAGAAUAUCUGAAAAGGGGGUUCUAGCUAAGAUUCUUAGAGAACAGCCUAACUGUAUCUGCCCAGGAGAUCUCAUCGAAUGCAUCAACGGCCGAUCGUUCAUCAACUCUCGUCAUAUGGAUGUUGUGAAAUAUCUCAAGGAAUUACCCCUCCAAAGCAAGAUUGUACUUCGCUUGAUAUCACCAGAGAAAAAUGCAGCACGUAAGUUAAACUUUUCUUAA